AUGGCCACCGAAGUCAGUUCAGCACCAGGGAUUGCUUCCCUGCAAUCAGUUCAGAAAGUGAUGGCUCUUCCCACAGUAGAAGCUGCAGUGGGACAAGUUGGAGCUUUGUACACCAGAGUUAAGGGUGCACAUUCUCUAUUAGAAUGGGCUCUAUCCACUGCUGAGGCCAGCGUGACCCUGGCAGCAAAUACCGCAGCCCCAUUUGUAGCUGCACCUCUUGCUGCCGGUGAUGCUAAAGUCGCCGCAGCCCUAGAUGAGUUAGAACGCAGAGUCCCACUGGUCACCGAGCAGCCUAAAGUGAUUGUGGAAACCACUAAACAGGCCGUUCUAUCCAGAAUAGCACCACAGAUAAACAAGGUUUAUGGUGCUCGAGAGGUAGCUGAACAACGCGUCAAGUCACUCAAAGAGCUGACCUGGGCUAAAGCCAACACUCUGCUAUCAACGGCCUACGGUCAGAAAGCUAUGUAUGGAGUUGAUACUGGGGCCACAUACGCUAUGCAGAUCCUAGACCACUACCUCCCGCCCACACAAGAAGAAAUCAAUGCUCGUAACACCGAGGUAGUACCAGUACAAAACGACCCCGCUCUUCAUACAGUACAAACGGUUGGACGUCUCAGCUCAGUGGCAGCUCGUCGUGUGUGGGCCAACUUGGCUCAGCGUCUCCACCAAUUGAGACAUAAUGGAAUGGAACUAGAUGUCCGCCGUUACGUCACAGCAUUACUGGCAGCGCUGCACUUGGCACGAGUCACCAGCGAGCAGCAGCAGCAAGAAGCAGCUCAACAGAUAUCACCGCAGAAUAAAUCAGAGUCCACUACCAAUGGACACAAUACACACACUGCCUCUACAUCACCUUCAUCACCCACAACCACCGACCAGGUCAAAACGACCCCCGAAGCCAAAUCCAAUGGCAGUGAACCGCAGUGA